AUGCUUCAACUUGUAGAUCAAACAACAACUGAUGCUUCUUAUACAACUGUAUAUCAAACAACCACUGAAGCAUCAACCACAACUGUAGAUCAAACAACCACUGAAGCACCAACUACAACCGUAGAUCAAACAACCACUGAAGCUGCAACUGCAACCGUAGAUCAAACAACCACUAAAGCUGCAACUACAACUGUAGAGCAAACAACCACUAAAGCUGCAACUUCAACUGUAGAUCAAACAACCACUGAGGCUCUAACUACAACAGUAGAUCAAACAACCACUGAGGCUCUAACUACAACAGUAGAUCAAACAACCACUGAGGCUCUAACUACAACUGUAGAUCAAACAACCACUGAAGCACCAACUACAACCGUAGAUCAAACAACCACUGAAGCUGCCACUACGACCGUAGAUCAAACAACCACUGAGGCUCUAACUACAACAGUAGAUCAAACAACCACUGAGACUGCAACUUCAACCGUAGAUCAAACAACCACUGAGGCUCUUACUACAACUGCUCUUACUACAACAGUAGAUCAAACAACCACGGAAGCUGCAACUACAACCGUAGAUCAAACAACCACGGAAGCUGCAACUACAACCGUAGACCAAACAACCACUGAGGCUCUAACUUCAACCGUAGAUCAAACAACCACUGAGGCUCUUACUACAACUGUAGACCAAACAACCACUGAUGCUUUAACUACAACUGUAGAUCAAACAACCACUGAAGCUGCAACUUCAACCGUAGAUCAAACAACCACCGAGGCUCUUACUACAACUGUAGAUCAAACAACCACUGAAGCUCUCACUACAACAGUAGAUCAAACAACCACUGUGGCUCUUACUACAACUGUAGAUCAAACAACCACGGAAGCUGCAACUACAACCGUUGAUCAAACAACCACUGAGGCUCUAACUUCAACCGUAGAUCAAACAACCACUGAGGCUCUUACUACAACUGUAGACCAAACAACCACUGAUGCUUUAACUACAACUCAAACAACCACUGGAGCUCCAACUACAACUGUAGAUCAAACAACCACUGAAGCACCAACUACAACCGUAGAUCAAACAACCACUGAAGCUGCAACUGCAACCGUAGAUCAAACAACAACUAAAGGUGCAACUACAACUGUGGAGCAAACAACCACUAAAGCUGCAACUUCAACUGUAGAUCAAACAACCACUGAGGCUCUAACUACAACUGUAGAUCAAACAACCACGGAAGCUGCAACUACAACUGUAGAUCAAACAACCACGGAAUCUGCAACUACAACCGUAGAUCAAACAACCACGGAAGCUGCAACUACAACCGUAGACCAAACAACCACUGAAGCUCUAAUUUCAACCGUAGAUCAAACAACCACUGAGGCUCUUACUACAACUGUAGACCAAACAACCACUGAUGCUUUAACUACAACUGUAGAUCAAACAACCACUGAUGCUGCAACUUCAACCAUAGAUCAAACAACCACCGAGGCUCUUACUACAACUGUAGACCAAACAACAACUGAAGCUUUAACUACAACAGUAGAUCAAACAACCACUGAGGCUCUUACUACAACUGCUCUAACUACAACAGUAGAUCAAACAACCACUGUGGCUCUUACUACAACAGUAGAUCAAACAACCACUGAGGCUCUAACUACAACUGUAGAUCAAACAACCACUGAAGCACCAACUACAACCGUAGAUCAAACAACCACUGCAGCUGCCACUACAACCGUAGAUCAAACAACCACUGAGGCUCUAACUACAACAGUAGAUCAAACAACCACUGAGACUGCAACUUCAACCGUAGAUCAAACAAUCACUGAGGCUCUUACUACAACUGUAGAUCAAACAACCACGGAAGCUGCAACUACAACUGUAGAUCAAACAACCACGGAAUCUGCAACUACAACCGUAGAUCAAACAACCACGGAAGCUGCAACUACAACCGUAGACCAAACAACCACUGAGGCUCUAACUUCAACCGUAGAUCAAACAACCACUGAGGCUCUUACUACAACUGUAGACCAAACAACCACUGAUGCUUUAACUACAACUGUAGAUCAAACAACCACUGAAGUUGCAACUUCAACCGUAGAUCAAACAACCACCGAGGCUCUUACUUCAACUGUAGACCAAACAACAACUGAAGCUUUAACUACAACAGUAGAUCAAACAACCACUGAGGCUCCUACUACAACUCAAACAACCACUGGAGCUCCAACUACAACUGUAGAUCAAACAACCACUGAAGCACCAACUACAACCGUAGAUCAAACAACCACUGAAGCUGCAACUGCAACCGUAGAUCAAACAACAACUAAAGGUGCAACUACAACUGUGGAGCAAACAACCACUAAAGCUGCAACUUCAACUGUAGAUCAAACAACCACUGAGGCUCUAACUACAACUGUAGAUCAAACAACCACGGAAGCUGCAACUACAACUGUAGAUCAAACAACCACGGAAUCUGCAACUACAACCGUAGAUCAAACAACCACGGAAGCUGCAACUACAACCGUAGACCAAACAACCACUGAAGCUCUAAUUUCAACCGUAGAUCAAACAACCACUGAGGCUCUUACUACAACUGUAGACCAAACAACCACUGAUGCUUUAACUACAACUGUAGAUCAAACAACCACUGAUGCUGCAACUUCAACCGUAGAUCAAACAACCACCGAGGCUCUUACUACAACUGUAGACCAAACAACAACUGAAACUUUAACUACAACAGUAGAUCAAACAACCACUGAGGCUCUUACUACAACUGUAGAUCAAACAACCACUGAAGCUGCCACUACAACUGUAGAUAAAACAACAUCUGAAGCUGCAACUACAACAGUAGAUCAAACAAACACUGAGACUCCAACUUCAACCGUAUACCAAACAACCACUGAGGCUCUUACUACAACUGUAGAUCAAACAACCACUGAAGCUUUAACUACAACAGCUCUAACUACAACAGUAGAUCAAACAACCACUGUAGCUCUUACUACAAUUGUAGAUCAAACAACCACGGAAGCUGCAACUACAACCGUAGAUCAAACAACCACUGAAGCACCAACUACAACCGUAGAUCAAACAACCACUGAGACUGCAACUUCAACCGUAGAUCAAACAACCACUGAGGCUCUUACUACGACUGUAGAUCAAACAACCACUGGAGCUCUCACUACAACUACUCCAACUUCAACCGUAUACCAAACAACCACUGAGGCUCUUACUACAACUGUAGAUCAAACAACCACUGAAGCUUUAACUACAACAGUAGAUCAAACAACCACUGAGGCUCUUACUACAACUUUAGAUCAAACAACCACUGAAACACCAAGUUCAACUGUAGAUCAAACAACCACUGAGGCUCUAACUACAACAGUAGAUCAAACAACCACUGUAACUCUUACUACAACUGUAGAUCAAACAACCACGGAAGCUGCAACUACAACCGUAGAUCAAACAACCACUGAAGCACCAACUACAACCGUAGAUCAAACAACCACUGAGACUGCAACUUCAACCGUAGAUCAAACAACCACUGAGGCUCUUACUACAACUGUAGAUCAAACAACCACUGGAGCUCUCACUACAACUGCUCUAACUACAACAGUAGAUCAAACAACCACUGUGACUCUUACUACAACAGUAGAUCAAACAACCACGGAAGCUGCAACUACAACCGUAGAUCAAACAACCACUGAGGCUCUUACUACAACAGUAGAUCAAACAACCACGGAAGCUGCAACUACAACAGUAGAUCAAACAACCACUGAGGCUAUUACUACAACAGUAGAUCAAACAACCACGGAAGCUGCAACUACAACCGUAGAUCAAACAACCACGGAAGCUGCAACUACAACCGUAGACCAAACAACCACUGAGGCUCUAACUUCAACCGUAGAUCAAACAACCACUGAGGCUCUUACUACAACUGUAGACCAAACAACCACUGAUGCUUUAACUACAACUGUAGAUCAAACAACCACUGAAGCUGCAACUUCAACCGUAGAUCAAACAACCACCGAGGCUCUUACUACAACUCAAACAACCACUGGAGCUCCAACUACAACUGUAGAUCAAACAACCCCUGAAGCACCAACUACAACCGUAGAUCAAACAACCACUGAAGCUGCAACUUCAACCGUAGAUCAAACAACAACUAAAGCUGCAACUACAACUGUGGAGCAAACAACCACUAAAGCUGCAACUUCAACUGUAGAUCAAACAACAACUGAGGCUCUAACUACAACAGUAGAUCAAACAACAACUGAAGCUCUUACUACAACAGUAGAUCAAACAACCACUGAGUCUCUAACUACAACUGUAGAUCAAACAACCACUGAAGCACCAACUACAAGCGUAGAUCAAACAACCACUGAAGCUGCCACUACAACCGUAGAUCAAACAACCACUCAGGCUCUAACUACAACAGUAGAUCAAACAACCACUGAGACUGCAACUUCAACCGUAGAUCAAACAACCACUGAGGCUCUUACGACAACUGUAGAUCAAACAACCACGGAAGCUGCAACUACAACAGUAGAUCAAACAACCACUGUGGCUCUUACUACAACUGUAGACCAAACAACCACUGAAGCACCAACUACAACAGUAGAUCAAACAACCACGGAAGCUGCAACUACAACCGUAGAGCAAACAACCACGGAAGCUGCAACUACAACAGUAGAUCAAACAACCACCGCGGCUCUAACUACAACAGUAGAUCAAACAACCACUGAAGCACCAACUACAACAGCAGAUCAAACAACCACGGAAGCUGCAACUACAACUGUAGAGCAAACAACCACAGAAGCUGCAACUUCAACCGUAGAUCAAACAACCACUGAGGCUCUUACUACAACUGUAGACCAAACAACUACUGAUGCUUUAACUACAACUGUAGAUCAAACAACCACUGAAGCUGCAACUUCAACCGUAGAUCAAACAACCACCGAGGCUCUUACUACAACUGUAGACCAAACAACCACUGAAGCUUUAACUACAACAGUAGAUCAAACAACCACUGAGGCUCUUACUACAACUGCUCUAACUACAACAGUAGAUCAAACAACCACUGUAGCUCUUACUACAAAUGUAGAUCAAACAACCACGGAAGCUGCAACUACAACCGUAGAUCAAACAACCACUGAGACUGCAACUACAACCGUAGAUCAAACAACCACUGAGGCUCUUACUACAACUGUAGAUCAAACAACCACUGAGGCUCUAACUACAACAGUAGAUCAAACAACCACUGUAGCUCUUACUACAAAUGUAGAUCAAACAACCACGGAAGCUGCAACUACAACUGUAGAUCAAACAACCACUGAGACUGCAACUACAACCGUAGAUCAAACAACCACUGAGGCUCUUACUACAACUGUAGAUCAAACAACCACUGGAGCUCUCACUACAACUCAAACAACAUCUGAAGCUGCAACUACAACAGUAGAUCAAACAACCACUGAGACUCCAACUUCAACCGUAUACCAAACAACCACUGAGGCUCUUACUACAACUGUAGAUCAAACAACCACUGAAGCUUUAACUACAACAGUAGAUCAAACAACCACUGAGGCUCUUACUACAACUGCUCUAACUACAACAGUAGAUCAAACAACCACUGUAGCUCUUACUACAACUGUAGAUCAAACAACCACGGAAGCUGCAACUACAACCGUAGAUCAAACAACCACUGAAGCACCAACUACAACCGUAGAUCAAACAACAACUGAAGCUGCAACUGCAAUCGUAGAUCAAACAACCACUAAAGCUGCAACUACAACUGUAGAUCAAGCAACCACUGAAGCUCCAACUACAACUGUAGAUCAAACAACCACUGAAGCACCAAUUACAACCGUAGAUCAAACAACCACUGAAGCUGCAACUGCAACCGUAGAUCAAACAACAACUACAGCUGCAACUACAACUGUAGAGCAAACAACCAUUAAAGCUGGAACUUCAACUGUAGAUCAAACAACCACUGAGGCUCUAACUACAACAGUAGAUCAAACAACCAUUGAGGCUCGUACUACAACAGUAGAUCAAACAACCACUGAGGCUCUAACUACAACUGUAGAUCAAACAACCACUGAAGCACCAACUACAACCGUAGAUCAAACAACCACUGAGACUGCAACUUCAACCGUAGAUCAAACAACCACUGAGGCCCUUACUACUACUGUAGAUCAAACAACCACUGAAGCUCUCACUACAACUGUAGAUCAAACAACCACUGAAACACCAACUUCAACUGUAGAUCAAACAACCACUGAGGCUCUAACUACAACAGUAGACCAAACAACCACUGUGGCUCUUACUACAACUGCAGAUCAAACAACCACGGAAGCUGCAACUACAACCGUAGAUCAAACAACCACUGAGGCUCUAACUUCAACCGUAGAUCAAACAACCACUGAGGCUCUUACUACAACUGUAGACCAAACAACCACUGAUGCUUUAACUACAACUGUAGAUCAAACAACCACUGAAGCUGCAACUACUACUGUAGAUCAAACAACCACUAUAGCUGCAACUACAACUGUAGAUAAAACAACAACUGAAGCUGCAACUACAACAGUAGAUCAAACAACAACUGAAGCUGCAACUACAACAGUAGACCAAACAACCACUGAUGCUUUAACUACAACUGCUGCAACUUCAACCGUAUACCAAACAACCACUGAGGCUCUUACUACAACCGUAGAUCAAACAACUACUGAGGCACUUACUACAACUGUAGCUCAAACAACCACUGAAGCUUUAACUACAACAGUAGAUCAAACAACCACUGAGGCUCUUACUACAACUGUAGCUCAAACAACCACUGAAACACCAACUUUAACUGUAGAUCAAACAACCACUGAGGCUCUAACUACAACAGUAGAUCAAACAACCACUGAGGCUCUUACUACAAUUGUAGACCAAACAACCACUGAUGCUUUAACUACAACUGUAGAUAAAACAACCACUGAAGCUGCAACUACAACUGUAGAUCAAACAUCCACUGAAGCUGCAACUACAACAGUAGAUCAAACAACCAAUGAUGCUGCAACUACAACAGCAGAUCAAACAACCACUGAAGCUCAAACGUUAACUGUAGAUCAAACAACCACUGAAGCUGCAACGUCAACCGUAGAUCAAACAACAACUGAGGCUCUAACUACAACAGUAGAUCAAACAACCGCUGAGGCUCUUACUACAACUGUAGAUCAAACAACCACUGAAGCUGCAACGUCAACCGUAGAUCAAACAACCACUGAGGCUCUAACUACAACAGAAGAUCAAACAACCGCUGAGGCUCUUACUACAACUGUAGAUCAAACAACCACUGAGGCCCCAACUACAACUGUAGCCCAAUCAACCACUGAAGCUUUAACGUCAACUGUAGAUCAAACAACCACUGAGGCUGCAACUACAACCGAAGAUCAAACAACCACUGGAGCUCAAACUACAACCGUAGAUCAAACAACCACUGGGGCUGCAACUUCAACCGUAGAUCAAACAACCACUGAGGCUCUUACUACAACAGUAGAUCAAACAACCACUAAGGCUCUUACAACAACUGUAGAUCUAACAACCACUGAAGCUGCAACUACAACUGUAGAUCAAACAACCACUGAAGCUGCAACUACAACUGUAGAGCAAACAACCACUGAAGCUGCUACUACAACUGUAGAUCAAACAACCACUAGAGCUCCAACUACAACUGAAGAUCAAACAACCACCGAAGCUGCAACUACAACUGUAGAUCAAACAACCACUGGGGCUCCAACUACAACUGUAGAUCAAACAACCACUGAAUCUUUAACGUCAACUGUAGAUCAAACAACCACUGAGGCUGCAACUACAACUGUAGCCCAAUCAACUACUGAAGCUUUAACGUCAACUGUAGAUCAAACAACCACUGAAGCUGCAACUACAACCGAAGAUCAAACAACCACUGGAGCUCAAACUACAACCGUCGAUCAAACAACCACUGGGGCUGCAACUUCAACCGUAGAUCAAACAACCACUGGGGCUCUUACUACAACAGUAGAUCAAACAACCACUGAAGCUGCAACUACAACCGUAGACCAAACAACCACUAAAGCUGCAACUACAACCGUAGAUCAAACAACCACUGGAGCUCCAACUACAACUGUAGAUCAAACAACCACUGAGACUGCAACUACAACUGUAGAUCAAACAACCACCGAAGCUCAGACGUCAACUGUAGAUCAAACAACCACUGAAGCUGCAACUAAAACUGUAGAUCAAACAACCACUGACGCUUUAACUACAACAGUAGACCAAACAACCACUGAAGCUGCAACUGCAACUGUAGAUCAAACAACCACUGAGGCUCUAACUACAACAGUAGAUCAAACAACCAAUGAGGCUCUUACUACAACUGUAGAUCAAACAACCACUGAGGCUGCAACUACAAUAGCAGAUCAAACAACCACUGAAGCUGCAACUACAACUGUAGAUCAAACAACCACUGAAGCUGCAACUACAACUGUAGAUCAAACAACUACUGAGGCUCUUACUACAGCUGUAGAUCAAACAACCACGGAAGCUGCAACUACAACCGUAGAUCAAACAACCACUGAGGCUCUAACUUCAAUCGUAGAUCAAACAACCACUGAGGCUCUAACUACAACUGUAGACCAAACAACCACUGAAGCUCUUACUACAACUGUAGAUCAAACAACCACUAAAGCUGCAACUACAACUGUAGAUCAAACAACCAUUGAAGCUGCAACUACAACUGUAUAUCAAACAACCACUGAAGCUUUAAUUACAACUGUAGAUCAAACAACCACUGAAGCUGCAACUACAACUGUAGAUCAAACAACCACUGAAACUUUAACUACAACCGUAGAUCAAACAACCACUGAAGCUUUAACGUCAACUGUAGAUCAAACAACCACUGAACCUGCAACUUCAACCGUAGAUCAAACAACCACUGAGGCUCUUACUACAACUGUAGACCAAACAACCACUGAAGCUUUAACUACAACUGUUGAUCAAACAACCACUGCAGCUGCAACUAUAACUGUAGAUCAAACAACCACUGGAGGUGCAACUACAACCGUAGAUCAAACAACCACUGAAGCUGCAACUACAAUAGUGGAUCAAACAACCACUGAGGCUCUAACUACAACCGUAGAUCAAACAACCACUGGAGCAAAAACUUCAACUGUAGAUCAAACAACAACUGACGCUGCAACUACAACCGUAGAUCAAACAACCACUGAAACUUUAACGUCAACUGUAGAUCUGACAACCACUGCGGCUCUUACUUCAACAGUAGAUCAAACAACCACUGAGGCUCUUACUACAACUGUAGACCAAACAACCACUGAAGCUUUAACUACAACAGUAGAUCAAUCAACCACUGAGGCUGCAACUACAACAGCAGAUCAAACAACAACUGAAGCUGCAACUUCAACCGAAGAUCAAACAACCACUGAAGCUUUAACUACAACAGUAGACCAAACAACCACUGAAGCUGCAACUUCAACCGAAGAUCAAACAACCACUGAGGCUCUAACUACAACAGUCUAUCAACCAAGCGCUGAUGCUCUUACUACAAAUGUAGAUCAAACAACCACUGGAGCACCAACUUCAACUGUAGAUCAAACAACAACUGAAGCUGCAACUACAAAUGUAGAUCAAACAACCACUAAAACUGUAACUUCAACUGGAGAUCAAACAACCACUGAGGUUUUAACUACAACAGUAGAUCAAACAACCACUGAGGUUUUAACUUCAACAGUAGAUCAAACAACCACUGAGGCUCUUACUACAAAUGUAGAUCAAACAACCACUGGAGCACCAACUUCAACUGUAGAUCAAACAACAACUGAAGCUGCAACUACAACUGUAGAUCAAACAACCACUGAAACUGGAACUACAACUGAAGAUCAAACAACCACCGAAGCUGCAACUACAACUGUAGAUCAAACAACCACUGGGGCUCCAACUACAACUGUAGAUCAAACAACCACUGAAUCUUUAACGUCAACUGUAGAUCAAACAACCACUGAGGCUGCAACUACAACUGUAGCCCAAUCAACUACUGAAGCUUUAACGUCAACUGUAGAUCAAACAACCACUGAAGCUGCAACUACAACCGAAGAUCAAACAACCACUGGAGCUCAAACUACAACCGUCGAUCAAACAACCACUGGGGCUGCAACUUCAACCGUAGAUCAAACAACCACUGGGGCUCUUACUACAACAGUAGAUCAAACAACCACUGAAGCUGCAACUACAACCGUAGACCAAACAACCACUAAAGCUGCAACUACAACCGUAGAUCAAACAACCACUGGAGCUCCAACUACAACUGUAGAUCAAACAACCACUGAGACUGCAACUACAACUGUAGAUCAAACAACCACUGAGGCUCUUACUACAACUGUAGAUCAAACAACCACCGAAGCUCAGACGUCAACUGCUCUUACUACAACUGUAGAUCAAACAACCACUGAGGCUGCAACUACAAUAGCAGAUCAAACAACCACUGAAGCUGCAACUACAACUGUAGAUCAAACAACUACUGAGGCUCUUACUACAGCUGUAGAUCAAACAACCACGGAAGCUGCAACUACAACCGUAGAUCAAACAACCACUGAGGCUCUAACUUCAAUCGUAGAUCAAACAACCACUGAGGCUCUAACUACAACUGUAGACCAAACAACCACUGAAGCUCUUACUACAACUGUAGAUCAAACAACCACGAAAGCUGCAACUACAACUGUAGAUCAAACAACCAUUGAAGCUGCAACUACAACUGUAUAUCAAACAACCACUGAAGCUUUAAUUACAACUGUAGAUCAAACAACCACUGAAGCUGCAACUACAACUGUAGAUCAAACAACCACUGAAACUUUAACUACAACCGUAGAUCAAACAACCACUGAAGCUUUAACGUCAACUGUAGAUCAAACAACCACUGAACCUGCAACUUCAACCGUAGAUCAAACAACCACUGAGGCUCUUACUACAACUGUAGACCAAACAACCACUGAAGCUUUAACUACAACUGUUGAUCAAACAACCACUGCAGCUGCAACUAUAACUGUAGAUCAAACAACCACUGGAGGUGCAACUACAACCGUAGAUCAAACAACCACUGAAGCUGCAACUACAAUAGUGGAUCAAACAACCACUGAGGCUCUAACUACAACCGUAGAUCAAACAACCACUGGAGCAAAAACUUCAACUGUAGAUCAAACAACAACUGACGCUGCAACUACAACCGUAGAUCAAACAACCACUGAAACUUUAACGUCAACUGUAGAUCAGACAACCACUGCGGCUCUAACUUCAACAGUAGAUCAAACAACCACUGAGGCUCUUACUACAACUGUAGACCAAACAACCACUGAAGCUUUAACUACAACAGUAGAUCAAUCAACCACUGAGGCUGCAACUACAACAGCAGAUCAAACAACCGCUGAAGCUGCAACUUCAACCGAAGAUCAAACAACCACUGAGGCUCUAACUACAACAGUCUAUCAACCAAGCGCUGAUGCUCUUACUACAAAUGUAGAUCAAACAACCACUGGAGCACCAACUUCAACUGUAGAUCAAACAACAACUGAAGCUGCAACUACAAAUGUAGAUCAAACAACCACUAAAACUGUAACUUCAACUGGAGAUCAAACAACCACUGAGGUUUUAACUACAACAGUAGAUCAAACAACCACUGAGGUUUUAACUUCAACAGUAGAUCAAACAACCACUGAGGCUCUUACUACAAAUGUAGAUCAAACAACCACUGGAGCACCAACUUCAACUGUAGAUCAAACAACAACUGAAGCUGCAACUACAACUGUAGAUCAAACAACCACUGAAACUGGAACUACAACUGGAUAUCAAACAACCACUGAAGCUGCAACUUCAACCGUAGAUCAAACAACCAUUGAGGCUCUAGCUACAACAGUAUAUCAAACAACCACUGAGGCUCUAACUACAACUGUUGAUCAAACAACCACUGGAGCACAAACUUCAACUGUAGAUCAAACAACCACUGAAGCCGCAAUUACAACCGUAGAUCAAACAACCACUGAAGCUGAAACUACAACCGUAGAUCAAACAACCACUGAGGCUCCAACUACAAUUGUAGAUCAAACAACCACUGAAGCUCUUACUUCAACUGUAGAUCAAACAACCACUGGAGCACAAACUUCAACUGUAGAUCAAACAACAACUGACGCUCCAUUUACAACAGUAGAUCAAACAAAAACUGAUGCUCCAACUUCAACUGUAGAUCAAACAACCACUGGGUCUGCAACUACAACUGUAGAUCAAACAACCACUGAAACUGCAACUACAACCGUAGACCAAACAACCUCUGGAGCUCCAACUACAACUGUAGAUCAAACAACCACUGAGACUGCAACUACAACCGUAGACCAAACAACCUCUGGAGCUCCAACUACAGCUGUAGAUCAAACAACCACUGAGACUGCAACUACAACCGUAGAUCAAACAACCACUGAGGCUCUUACUACAAAUGUAGACCAAACAACCACUGAAGCUUUAACUACAACUGUAGAUCAAACAACAUCUGAAGCUGCAUCUUCAACUGUAGAUCAAACAACCACUGAGGCUUUUACUACAACUGUAGAUCAAAAAACCACUGGAACACCACUUUCAACCGUAGACCAAACAACUACUGAAGCACAAACGUCAACUGUAGAUCAAACAACCACUGAACCUAUUACUACAACUGUUGAUCAAACAACCACUGAAGUUGCAACUACACCUGUAGAUAAAACUACCACAGAGGCUCCAACUACAACCGUAGAUCAAACAACACAUGGAGCUCCAACUACAACAGUAGAUCAAACAACCACCGAAGCUCAAACGUCAACAGUAGAUCAAACAGCCACUGAUGCUCCAACUACAACAGUAGAUCAAACAACCACCGAAGCUUUAACGUCAACUGUAGAUCAAACAACCACUGAAGCUUUAACUACAACUGUAGAUCAACCAACCACUGAGGCUCUUACUAAAACUGUAGAUCAAACAACCGCUGGAGCACCAACUUCAACUGUAGAUCAAACAACAACUUACGCUCCAUCUACAACCGUAUUUCAAACAACCACAGAAGCUGCAACUGCAACCGUAGAUCAAACGUCAACUGUUGAUCAAACAACCACUGAGGCUCUAACUACACCUGUAGAUCAAACGUCAACUGCAGGAACUCCAACAACAACUGAGCAACUGACAGCUCCAGUAAUUCCUACAACAACUGAGCAGGUAACCACUUCAGGAAUUUCAACUUCAACUGUGCAAGUAACAGUUUCAGGAAUACCCACUACUACUGAGCAACUGACAACUUCAGGAAUCCCCACAACAACUAAACAACUGACAACUGCAGGAACUCCAACAUCAACUGAACAACUAACAGCUCCAGUAAUUCCUACAACAACUGAGCAGGUAACCACUUCAGGAAUUCCCACUUCAACUGCAGAACAGACUACAUUGAAGACUACUGAAGCAACAACAGUUGGUACAAAUGCAACAGGGGUCUCUUUCCGAGUAACAUUUGCAGAUGAUACAGCUUCUGAUCCUAAUGUGUAUAACAACCCAGGUUCUACAGAAUAUCAGAACCUAUUGUCAGGGCUUGAAGAUAUUUUCAAGUCGGAACCAGGAUAUGCUGGAGUAUCAAUUCUGAAUACAAGUGUUGUAAAUGGAACAAUUUUUGUGGAUUUUCGUGUGGAAACUAACAAUACUGCAGACACAUCUCCACAAGGAGCUUAUGGACAAACAUUACUGACAUCCAUUAAGAACAAUGGCGGACUCUCUUUAGGUGGCAAUGUCAAGCCGAUACAGUCACCUCCUACUGUAUUGGUUACCGAUACAGGAGCAUCAACAGUUGAAGUUCCACUUGAUGACGCAUGUUUUCUCUAUGAUCAUCAGAAGACUUGUUUAAAUGAUGGCACAUGUUUCGUUAAUGGAAAUAAUAAACCGGAAUGCAGGUGUACAACAACUUACACAGGAAAUAAAUGUCAGACUGCAGCAGCAACUGAUGAUGACUUGUUGAAAAUACUUGUUCCAGUAGCUGCAAUAGCCGGUUUGUUGUUUGUUAUUGCAAUAUGUUGUUGUUGCUGGUUCCUCUGUGCAAGACGGAAGAAAUGGGAACCAGAAAAAGAUGAAGAAUCAAAUUCUGACAUGUCAAUGGAGAAUCCAUUUGCUGGUGUAUUCUUACCGAGACUCAUUCCAGAUUAUAUGAGAUACCAAGGUUCACCUUUCGGGUUAGAUGAAUGUGGUGCAUCACCGAUAGGUCUCGGAGAUAACAAGGAUCAGGACAUGUCUUUAUGGGAGAUGCAUCUUAAUGAUGAAAUCCGACGAGCGUGAACACGGCUAAGUUGGCACAUAUAAAGAAUGUAAUGUAAUGGACUGUGCCCUACCCCCCGAAACAAGGAGUAGGGCACAGUUUUCCCAACUACGACAGGGUUUUAGCUACAACCCGAAAAUCAAAGCAAUCGACAAUCUAACAACAGCAAAGAUAUACAAAAUACAUUUCACUAAUAACUCAGCAACUUCGACUACUUAUUUCUGUGGCCAGUAUGUUAAAUAGAAAUCAGUAAUCUGACUGUGCGAUGCUUAAUGAUUUAAAAUUGAAUACUGGUAAUGUAUUCAGUGGAAGAUAUUUCGGUUUUAUUUACUAGAUAUAUUGGUGUGAUAUUGUAUACCAAAGACUCUGAUACUGCGAAUGUGCUGGUCACAUAAACUGCGUGUAUUUCAGAUAAAAUUCCAAGACACUGCCCAAAAACUUUACAGUCAUGGAAGGAUUAGCCAUUUAUAAGAACGUCACAACUGUUUUCCGUUGCACAAAGCACUAGGUGAUAACCAUGGAAGUCGUUUAUAUGGCGGAAUGACUGAAGAAAAACAUCCAUACGAAGUAGAAAUACUCAUGACAAUUACUGUGGAAGUAGACGAAUUUACUGUCAUCUGACUCAUUGUUCCUAAAGAUGAAAUGGGAAAUCAAGGAAAACGGGUUGUUUCAAACAUUAGCCAAUGCAAUAUAUUUCAGGUUUUAAAGUUUAAUAAUUCCAAUCUAUUGUUCAUUCAUAUUGGUAUUUGACUUUAAAAAUGUGUAAUGGAAUAUGAACAGUUCAGUCAUAUUUCAAGCGUUAAGAUAAUUUUGUAAGAGAAAUCUAUAUUAGCUGUGUGGAAAAGCUUUAAGGUUAUUGAUAUUAUUUAUUUAUUUAUUGUUUUUGUAUCAAUUAUAUUUUUAUAUCCUUCAUAUAUUAUGUAUGAAGACCAUAUUUAAUACUUCUGUUUCGAAACAUAUAAAACAAAACGACGGAUCUAUCGUUAUAUGUAACAGGUUUGCAUUUGACAUGGUCUUCAUUUUUCAGUGUUCAAUGCGCUGGUCGCAUAAAAGUAUUAUACAUAUAUUUUUUUAAAUUAAAAAA